CCUGCCCCAGCUCUGCUCAACCAUCUCCACACUCCUCUGACAGAAUGAACGCCCUCGAUGGUGUCCCCUUCAAGGUGCCCAAAGACUUUGUGAUAGGCACAGAAGUGAUAGGCACAAAAGCUCUCCCUGGGCCAGAGCUCAGUGUCCCAGCCUGCAGAGAGCUUCUGCUGGGUUCAUUGCACGACUUCAGCCUGGAGAGGCGGGCGCUGUUCUGGGUGGAGGCCGCCGUCCGGGGACCCUGCCCAUACCAGUGUGGUGGCCCGGGGACAGCGUCAGCCCCUCCGGCCUGGCUCUUGCUGGUCAACCCUGAACGCGGGCUGGAGCCUGCGCCUGCCGCAGUCAAAGGCCCAGAGGACGGACCCCAGGAGCUGCCCGAGGACGAGGACGAGGACGAGGAUGUGGAUGAGGACGAGGAAGAAGCCUCCUCUGUCAGUGAGGAGGAGCCGGGCUCCGACGGCCCCCAGCCCGGUUCCCCGGCGAGCCCCGACCCCAGCUGUCGCCCGUGUUCGCUGGACGUGCUGCGCUGCGUGAGGUCGGAGCUGGCCGGGGCGCGGCAGCGGCGGCUCUCCGAGGGCAGGCUGGCCGCGCGCCCCCAGGCUCUUCUGCACCGCUUCCGCGGCCACCGGGCGUUGAGCCUGUGCCCCAGCCCCGGGCCAGAGCCCGUGCCCCAGCUCCCCCGCGGCCCCGCGUCGCCCCCGCGGCCCUCCACGGCUGGCGCCAUGCCCCCGCUGCGGAGCCACCGGCCCACGGACGCGUCCCUCAGCCCAUACACCUUCCUGCCACCUCCUGGGGGAGCACCCCAGCCUCUCAACCCCCAAAGAUCAUACCCUGAUUCUGCGGCCGACCUGCUGUCUGCCCUGAGCCAGGAGGAGCAAGACCUUAUCGGGCCAGUGGUUGCCCUGGGAUAUCCCCUGCGAAGGGCCAUUGUGGCUCUACAGAAGACAGGGAGGCAGAGCCUGAGCCAGUUUCUUGGCUACCUCAGCGCCUGUGACCGGCUGCUGCGGCAGGGCUACGAGGAGGGCCUGGUGGAGGAGGCCAUGGAGAUGUUCCAGUUCUCCGAGAGCCAGGCAGGGGAGUUCCUGCGCCUCUGGGAGCAGUUCAGCGACAUGGGCUUCCAGCAGGACCGGAUCAAGGAGGUGCUAUUGGUCCACGGCAACCGACGAGAGCAAGCCCUGGAGGAGCUGGUGGCCUGUACCCAGUGACCCUAGGUACUCUGCAAUGCCUGGGUGUCCCAGUCCAGUGCCACCCCUGGCAAGCCAUCCUGUGUUAUUAAAACCAAUACGAAUAAUAGAGCCAUGCAUGCUCACUAUAAAAACGCAAACAAUGCCAAGGGUAGGAGUAAAUACCAGAAGAAUCAGCUGGAAGAGUUGAAAGUCUCUGCCUCUGGGAAGGGGCAGAUGGGAGAGUGUGGGCGAGGAUCUAUGUUUCUCA